GUCAAACCAGACGGCGGAUGGAGAAGAAUGCAUGUACGAAGGAUUGACAUGUGCGGCCGCCACACACACAAGGACGAGCUCAUCGAGAAAUACAAACGAGAGGAUGAGAAACAGGCUCCUCUAAUAAUCUCAAAUACUUCUCUCAUGGAGUCGUCUACCAAACCACAAAUUCAAUACGAAUUUCUUCCAUUGAUUCGUGUUUACAAAAAUGGUCAUGUCGAAAGACUCCUCGGCACUGACUUUGUCCCUGCCGCAACAUCAAACGGUUCUCUCACCGGAGUUUUAUCUAAGGACAUAAUUAUCAAGACUGAACCCAAUAUCUCUGCUCGUCUCUACCUCCCCAAAAGCAUCAACACGAAUCAAAAGCUCCCCCUUUUGGUGUACUUUCACGGCGGUGGCUUUUUCAUCUCUUCACCUUUCACUUCCAAGUACAACAACUACCUCAACACUCUCGUCGCUGAAGCUAGUCUUAUUGCUGUUUCUGUGAACUACCGGAAAGCUCCUGAGCAUCCUAUUCCUGCAGCAUAUGAAGACUCUUGGGAGGCUCUUACGUGGGUUGUUUCCCACUGUAAUGGUGAUGGACCCGAAUCUUGGUUGAACGACCAUGCUGACUUUGGAAGAGUGUUUUUAUCUGGAGAAAGUGCUGGUGCGAAUAUUGCUCAUAACAUGGCUAUAUUUGCUGGACACCCUGAGUUUGGGCUCAGUGUACCGCUUUUAGGGGUUGCUUUAGUCCACCCGUAUUUUUGGGGUUCGGAUCCCAUCGGAACAGAGACUGCAAAUAUGGAAUCAAAGGCCGCCACAGAUCGUUUGUGGCCACUUAUCUGUCCGUUGAACCCGGAUAAUGAUGACCCACGAGUCAACCCACUGUCUGCUGAUGCUCCAAGUUUGGUGGCGCUGGGGUGUAAAAGGGUUUUAAUUUGUGUGGCUGAGAAUGAUGUGUUGAAAGACAGAGGGUGGGCUUAUUAUCAAGAAUUGAGCAGGUGUGGGUGGAUGGGUGUUGCAGAGAUUAUGGAGACUGAUGGAGAAGGCCAUGGCUUUCAUUUGUCUGACUUGCAAAAUGAGAAAGCCAAAGACUUGAUCCAGCGGUUGGCUGCUUUCUUCAACAGGGAAAUGCCUCCUUUACUUUGAUUAUGGAAUUUUCAGUGUAAAAUUUUCUACUUACCUCCUCCACCGCAAUCUUUCUAAUGAUUGUUCUAUUAUGAAUAGAAAAUACAUCAAGAGCUAUAUCUAAAACGACAUCUUAACAAUCA